UUUAUAAAUGGCACAUAAGUAUGUUAGAUUUUCCUUGUAGACUUUUUCACAGCAGACUGUCCUGUAACAGCAGAAAAAAUAGUAAAAUGUAUGGUUAUGAUCAUGAGAGCUCUGGAACUAAAGCAGGUAAGUAGAACUGUUUCAUGUUGGGACAUGUCGUCAUCUGCCAUCAUAAAGUGCCAUUAAUAGAGACAUGAAAAUAAAGUUCUUAUUGUGUAAUACAUCUAUUACCAGUCCAGCAGGGCCUAUAAAACACCAAAAAUAUAAAUACAAGCCAUAUCCAGAAUACAGUGAAUGCAAAUGAUACAACAGUCCAUACGUUUUUCUAAAAAUUAUGCAGAUUCAUAAUUUAACAUAAAUCAUAGCAUGCACUUUAUACAAAAGCACAUAUCCAAUGCGGCAUUCGUGGCCCUUUUCUAGCUCAUGGUCCUGAUCGUUGAAACCAACAGGUUCCAUACAGCCAAAUACAGCAACUAAUUGGCAUUAAAAAAAAAAAAAAAACUCAGACCCGCCAUAAAUCAUUUUAUGGAGAUGUUUCAAUUAGAUGAGGUCAUUAAAACCGACAUUACAGCCCCCCAAACCGAAAGCAAUAUUUAUUCUUGUGUCAGUCAUGCACUCUUCGUUUAGUUGGUCAAUUGAAUUUCGAACUGUACGUAAAUGCGCCUUAAGUCGGAGCUUCCCGCCACUGGCCGCUAGCAAGUCACAUCAAGAGGCCAAGAGCAGCUAUCUUUUAAACUUUUAACAAGAUAUUGUUUUGCCAAGAGCUUAAUAGCAUCGUCGUUGGCUCGUUAAUAUAAACGAAUAGGCAAAUUAAUCAGUUCUGACCGUCUUGUUCAGUAUUUCAGUUUGUAUUUUAUGGUCUGUUGUUGACCAGUGAACGGUAAGCUAACAGCUAGUUUAGCUAGCUUCUCCGACCUCCACUGAAGGUUUUGUUAACUGACAAGUAAAAUACAUUUUAUCUUUACUGUUUAACAAAUUCAGCACCAAAUAUGAAAGUUGUAGAGGAUCAGGUUGUUGAAGAUGACACUUGUUUACAGGAUGAUGAGGAGUCUUUCUUCCAAGACAUUGACCUCCUACAGAAACAUGGAAUUAAUGUGGCAGACAUCAAAAAGCUGAAGUCAGUGGGUAUCUGCACCGUGAAGGGGAUCCAGAUGACCACACGCAAAGCUCUGUGCAACAUCAAGGGCCUGUCGGAAGCAAAGGUGGAAAAGAUCAAGGAAGCAGCUGGGAAAAUGCUGAGUGUCGGUUUCCAGACGGCCUUUGAGUACAGUGCAAAGAGGAAGCACGUGUUCCAUAUCACAACUGGGAGCCAGGAGUUUAACAAACUGUUGGGUGGAGGUAUAGAGAGUAUGGCUAUCACGGAGGCCUUUGGAGAGUUCCGCACAGGGAAAACCCAGCUGUCUCACACACUUUGUGUCACUGCUCAGCUGCCAGGUGAGGACGGAUACUCUGGUGGAAAAGUCAUCUUCAUUGACACAGAGCACACCUUCCGGCCAGACAGACUGAGAGACAUCGCUGACAGGUUUAAUGUGGAUCACGAUGCUGUGCUGGACAAUGUGCUUUACGCCAGAGCCUAUACUAGUGAACACCAGAUGGAGCUGUUGGACUUUGUAGCAGCCAAAUUUCAUGAAGAAGGAGGAGUGUUCAAACUGUUGAUCAUUGACUCCAUCAUGGCUCUGUUCAGAGUAGACUUCUCUGGUCGAGGGGAGCUGGCUGAGCGGCAGCAGAAACUGGCACAGAUGCUUUCGAGGCUGCAGAAAAUCUCUGAAGAGUACAAUGUAGCCGUGUUUAUUACCAACCAAAUGACAGCUGAUCCUGGAGCAGGAAUGACGUUUCAGGCUGAUCCCAAGAAGCCAAUAGGGGGACACAUCCUGGCCCACGCCUCCACCACACGGAUCAGCCUGAGGAAGGGGCGUGGAGAGAUGAGAAUUGCUAAGAUAUUUGACAGUCCUGAUAUGCCUGAGAACGAAGCCACCUUUGCCAUCUCUGGUGGAGGAGUUACUGACGCCAAAGAGUGAAAGACAAAAGGAAGAGAUGAGACUAACAUGUUCACAUUGUUCUCUGCUCAGCUGUGAAGUUAUUGUUUUUUUAAUUAACUUAUUGAUAGACUACCCUAAUCUUAUAUAACUUGUUACAGUUACACUAGCAGUUUUGCACUGUGGUAUGUUUUUAAGGAUGUAUUCUGCUGUAUUAAUAUG